UGCUUGUCUGAGGAGGCGGCAGAAGGGUGACGUGUCUGUCCAGAGCGGAAGAGACUCUACAGAGAGGUACAAGAGACAUAUAAGAGCCGGACACCGGGGAGAGGAUGAUCACAGACGUGCAACUCGCCAUAUUCGCCAAUAUGCUGGGGGUCUCCCUCUUCCUGCUGGUGGUCUUGUAUCACUACGUAGCUGUCAAUAACCCCAAGAAACAGGAAUGAGGGGCUGGUGUCUGGAUGCCGAAUUGGGUCCGAUGUUUGGCGGUUCUCGUGUGAUCGCAGCCAGUAUGAAGCUCGCAUUCCAGUGGCACGCCUCUGUCUGUACAUAUCUUCUGUAAUGGCGACGAUUUGACCAUUGUUACCUUGUUUAGAUCUGUUUUUGAUAUGUAGAAAGAGAAAAUAAAGGUAUCCCAAUGAGAAGGGAUAUAUUCUCUAUACACCAA